UAUGUUUCUCAUCCCUCACUGAAGCAAGGAUGGAAUACCAUAAGAUAGAGAUAACCUCCUCAAAUAUAAUGCAAGGUGUUUCUUUUCUUGCAACUGUGGCCCUUUUGGCCUUGGCAUCCUCCUUUGCUUCUGCCUAUGACCCUAGUCCUCUGCAAGACUUCUGUGUCGCAAUUAACGAUGUCAAAUCUGCUGUGUUUGUGAACGGAAAAUUUUGCAAGGAUCCUACAAUGGUCGUAGCGAAUGAUUUUUUCUUCUCUGGAGUUAGUAAACCUGCAGACACUGCAAACAAAGCAAACAAAGUCGGAUCAAAUGUCACUCUUGUAAAUGUCGAUAUAUUAGCAGGUCUCAAUACUCUAGGCAUAUCUUUGGCUCGCAUUGACUUUGAAGCAUACGGCUUAAAUCCUCCUCACAUUCACCCUCGUGGCACUGAACUUUUGGUAGUCAUGGAGGGCACUCUCUUAGUUGGAUUUGUCACAUCCAACCCAAACAAACUUUUUACCAAAGUUCUAGACAAGGGAGACGUCUUUGUAUUCCCAAUUGGACUCAUUCACUUCCAAUUCAACAUAGGGAAGACCAAUGCUGUUGCCUUUGCUAGUCUUAACAGCCAAAAUCCUGGGUUGAUCACUAUAGCAAAUGCGGUCUUUGGAUCUAAACCUCCCAUCAAUCCUGAUGUUCUCAUCAAGGCCUUCCAACUAGACAAGGGUGUAGUUGAAUAUCUUGAAAAAGAAUUCAUGUCAAACUAGAACUCUAAAAAAUAUAUGUAAUAGGGACGGUGAACCAUUAUAUGGUUUGAAUAAAGUUUGUCCUGAUUUCCCUUUUGUAAUGUCAGAGAAAUAGUAUUAUCAAAUAAAAUGGUUUUUUAUGA